UUUGUAUGUUAAAUAAAUAUUUUUUUAAUCAAGGAAUUUAAAAAUGCUCAUUUAUUAUUAAUUAAAUUAAAAUUUCUCAUGCACACAAAAAAUAUAUUUCCAAUAAGAAUUUACAAUUACUGUUUUAAAAACGUCAAAAUUAGAGUUUUCAUAAAUCAUUAUACCCACGAGUAUACCCACCAUUAUACCAACGAUUUUGAUCUUUUUUUCGGGACCUUAGCAGGUAUACGAAACCGCUCGUCUAGCGAACAAACCGGUAGUAGCAACACAGUCGUUCUUCGAGUUAGACGUGCUUCUUAUAGUUUGCAGAAAAUAUUCGUGCUUUUUUACUUGCAAUAUGGAUAUUCCGGGACCGUCAACGAGCGCUAGUGCGAAGGAAGAAGAACAAGAAUUUAAUAACAAAUUGCUCUUAAAAAGUGCUUUAAAAAUAAGCGAGAAGUUGCUUGUUGAAAAUGAGUAUAUUCCAGAAAAGUCCGUGAAAGAUCUUUCAACGGAAAAGACAACUGUUAUAGGCCACGAAAUAUAUAACCGUAUCGUCGAUAUGGUUAAUGAUAUGCAUCUCGUUGAGGAGGAAGAAUUAGUGUUUUCACAUGAAAAAGAUAUUGAUGACAGUUUUAUUGAUUGUGCAUCAAUGUAUCCAUUAGAAGAGUCGUUAUCAUCGCAGUCAUCUCCACUUUCGGAAGAGUGGAUCGAUUCUCCGGAGAAAAAAAAAUUCAAAACAAUAGAUUUGGAUUACAAACGGAAAGUUGUAGCCAUAGCAAAAGAACAUCCUAAUUGGUCGCUACAAACAUUACAGAGAGAAGGAGCACAUUAUUUAAAAUGUAAAAGCGAUUUAAAACAAUGGGAAAAAGAUGUAUUAUCUGGUGGGACGCGAUUUGACAAACUGUAUGCCAUCAAUUCUUGGACACUUGAUCGAUUUACAGAAGCUAGAGAAAAAUUCGAACAAGUCACAACAAGAACGUUACAACAAUGGGCGAUGGCAGCUGCGCAACAAUUCCUCUCCAGCACAUUUAAAUUUUCAGCAGGAAAAACGUGGGCUGAUGAUUUUAAACGCAGAAAUAAUAUUCGGGAACGACGGAUUACCAAAUACGUUUCUGAAAAAGAGGCAGCAGGAAUGGACGAAAUUUUGGCUGUUGCGGAUAGAUUUAGGAAACAAAUCCAACCACUUUUACAAAAUUAUUCCCCAGAUUUAAUAAUUAAUACAGAUCAAACUGGUUGCCAAUAUCAGUCAACAAUUAAUUGGACAUUAGCACAGAAAGAUGUUAAAUCUGUAUUUGUUAAAAAGAAGAGUCUUCAUAAAAUUUCUCAUUCCUAUACGGCCCAAUAUGCAUUAACUUGUUCAGGAAAGCUUGUACCAAAAGUGUUUCUCUGUUUACAAGAAACUGGAGACAAAUUUGGUCCAAUAAUACAGAAGCAAGUUGAUGCUCUUGUUGUCGAAUUUGUCGGUAAUGUCAUCGUCAAAUGUUCAAAGUCAGGAAAGUUAACUACAAAUAUCUAUAAAGACUUCUUAAAAGAAAUAUUACAGCCAUAUGUUAAGAAUGAAAAGUUUUUAUUAAUAAUAGAUUCUUGGGGUGGCCAAACAAAUUCACAAAUAUAUGAUGAUAUUUUUGUGGAUGACGAGGAUAUUCCAUCUUGUCAAAUAAAAAUUAUUCCGCCAAAGUGUACUCUUUUAUGCCAGCCAUGCGAUGUGUAUUUUUUUAGACAAGUUCAAAAUUUUAUCAAAAAAUUACAAAAUUGUACAUAUCUCCUUAAAAGAAAUAGAAAAAUAGCCAAUCGUGAGGAUGCUAUUAAAAUACAUUCUUUAGUUCACAAUCAGUUAAGCGCACCAAUCUUUUGUGAUAUGUUAAAAUAUGCAUGGUUUGCGUCUCAAAUAACAAAUGAGAGAACUUUUUUUAAAAACGUUAACGAAGUUUGUUUUCCAGAUUCUGUUAAUAAAACAAAUUGUACAGACUGUGCGCAUGAAAUGUCUAUGAUUGUAUGUGCAUGGUGCAACGAAUUAUUAUGUUUUAAAUGUUUUUAUGAUAAAUACCACCCUAAAAGCUGCAAACUUAUUGUAAAACAGUAAAUUGUACAUUUUAACUUAUUGUAUAACAGUUGUUGUAAAUUCUUAUUGGAAAUAUAUUUUUUGUGUGCAUAAGAAAUUUUAAUUUAAUUAAUAAUA